AUGGACGGCGACGAGAUGGCUCGCCUCAUGUGGCACUGGAUCAAAGAAGAGCUGAUCAUGAAGUACCUGGACCUGCCAAUAGAGUACUACGACUUGAGUUUGGAAAACAGAGAUGCAACAGAAGACAAAGUCACUUUGGAAGCAGCAGCAGCAAUUAAGAGGGUUGGAGUUGGAGUCAAGUGCGCCACCAUCACCCCCGACGAAGAAAGAGUCAAAGAGUUCGGCCUCAAGAAGAUGUGGAAGUCCCCAAAUGCCACAAUUCGAAACAUGUUGGGAGGAACCAUUUUCAGGAUGCCAAUUAUCGUCAAAAAC